AGUGCAACACGAAACAAUCUCAAAAGUGGUGCGGUUAUACAUUGCAUCAUAUGCCUCGGUUCAAACCGCGUUGUGUGGUGUACUAGCGUGUUUAGUGUUGUUUCAUUGUGAUUUCUGUAUUUUUUUCAAACUUUGUAAAUAUGGAUGAUGAUGCAGAAUGUUACAAAUUAUGGAGAAUUAGGCGAACUAUCAUGCAGCUGUGCCAUGAUCGAGGAUAUUUAGUUACUCAAGAGGAGUUGGAUCAAACUCUAGAUGAAUUCAAAGCUCAGUAUGGUGAUAAACCUAGUGAAAGAAAGCCUGCAAGAAGUGAUCUCAUAGUUCUUGUGGCCCACAAUGAUGAUCCAACUGAUCAAAUGUUUGUAUUUUUUCCGGAUGAACCAAAAAUUGGUAUUAAAACGAUCAAAACAUAUUGCCAAAGAAUGCAGGAAGAAAAUAUAUCAAGGGCCAUAAUUGUGGUGCAGCAUGGAAUGACACCAUCUGCCAAACAAGCUUUAGUGGAUAUGGCCCCAAAGUAUAUUCUAGAGCAUUUUCUUGAAUCUGAAUUAUUGAUUAACAUAACUGAACAUGAGUUAGUUCCUGAACAUGUUGUUAUGACACCAGAAGAAAAAACUGAACUUCUGAAUAGAUACAAAUUGAAAGAAAACCAGUUGAUGAGAAUUCAAGCUGGUGAUCCAGUAGCUAGAUAUUAUGGCCUCAAAAGAGGACAGGUUGUCAAAAUUAUUCGAAAUAGUGAAACUGCAGGCAGAUACAUAUCUUACAGACUUGUUGUUUAGCUACCUUUUAAUGUAAAAACUUUUGUAAUAAAAUAUGUAUAUGUAUGCA